AUGUCGCGCUCCUCGUUCUUCUCUCGAUCAUCCUCUUCCGCAGACCGAAACCCUCUCCUACCAACGCACCACACACCCAGAGACGACUCUAUCUCACUCCAGAAUCUUUCUCUAGAUAGAGAGAGUCGCCCGGCAUCUCCCUCUCCUCCUCCUGCCUUCUAUCGUUCCAAAAAUGACGCCGCCAAUCCUCGGACGUACCAAGCUUACCAUCCCUACAGCGAUAAUAAAGAAUCCACAGCAAGCGGGGGUUUCGACGAACCAUUCGUCGACAGAUACCAUAGUGGCAAUGUCAGCUCAUUAUCCUCCACAGGAAGGAGGAUCCAGUUUGCUACUCCACCGCCGCCUAUAGCGAUGAGGGUUGGGCUGCCUGCGAAGCAUAUGGACAAUGAACAUGGCAGAGAACCCAACAAAGUGGAGAUCAGAAGAAAUGUACACAAUCAGUUUCUAUUGUUGGAACGCAGGGAAAGGUCUAUUCAGACGGAACUACAAACAUAUCUUGACGCUCAGUCCGAGGGUCUUAUACAAGGGCUCGACCGCGAGAGCCUCCCUGGUAGGAGUAGCCUAGGAGGAAGCGAUGCUGGAAGCAGCACACCAACAUCCCGCAGUGUCCGAAAUCACGGUUUGAAUGGUUCGGGCGUCAUACCAGUACGCCAACCCCGGCAGAAACGAAUAGGACUUCGAGGUGCUCGUCGCGGUUUAUUACGGGGCGUGUCCGAGCUAGUUAUGGUGAAAGAAGGCCAACUUCUUAUUAUUUCAGAUGAAGUCGCGCGCCGUAAGGAUGCUCUUUCUCAGCUUUCGAUCUGGGAAGAGCGCAUCUUGGCCGCAGAGACGGAAUUCAAAAAAGGCAAAUCCCAAGACGAGACCAGAGAACUAGAGGAGUUGAGAGAGGAGGAAACUGCUGUAGAGCAUGAGAUAGCAGAGCUAGAGGAGAGAUUGACGCAGAUGAAGGCAAGGAAGAAGUGGCUUGCCGAGAGGAUCAAAGAGAGAGUAAAUAGGGAAGAGAGUCGACUGAGUAGUUGGCGAGGGGCGAUCAGAGAAGCGGAGAGAGAAGUGCGAGGAUUUUUGAAGAGACCUCCAGUUGAGACUAGCACAGUCUUGAGCGGCGAAGAAGGCUUUCUGUCUCUUCCUCCUGCGCGAAGGACGUUGGCCAUGGCGAGAGAGUGUUGGGAAAGGGAAAUUGCACAAUUAUCUUCAAAGAAUGAAGAUGUUGAAGUUGAACGACAAGCGCUGGAAGACGGCGCAGGCUUGUGGCAAGAUGUGGUUGAUAUCGUUAACAGCUUUGAGGACGAGUUGAAGAAAGACAUGUCUAGCCCUGGUGGCCAUGACGUCGAAGUGCUCCAGGGGCAUGUUACCAAGAUGGGAAGCGCCAUAGACCGUUUGGCUUCCGCGGUGCAAACAGCAGAGGAUAACAAAUGGAACCUCUUGAUUUGUGCUAUCUGUGCCGAACUCGAAGCCUUUAAAGAGGGUAAACAGCUUUUGCAAAAGACUGCGGGGUUCAUCUCUCAUGCGGAGAGUGUUGUGAAACAAGACCUUGGUAGUGUCAGUGGUGUUAGUGCUGAAGAAAGUGACCACAAAUCCGAGAAUAGGACUACAAGUAGUAAUAAGGAAAGCCCAAGUUUGGAUAUGCGGGUGGAGGCAGACGAAAGCGAAGAUGAGGGUCCGAAUUUGGCAGAGUUAUUGGUUGAGGAUAGUCAUUGA